AUGCCUUCGAACUGCCGCCUACGUAUAUUCGACACAUCAACUAAUAUAACAUUCCUAAUCGACUCCGGCGCUGAUGUGUCCGUACUUCCGAAGUGUUCGAAAUUGGCACGAGUCAACUCAUCGGAUAUGCAAUUGUUUGCCGCUAAUAGUUCACCGAUUACGGUUUUUGGAGAAGUCAUACUUCGCCUUAACCUCAACUUACGCAAGGAUUUUGUUUGGAGCUUUGUGAUUGCAGACGUAACCCAAGCAAUCAUUGGAGCAGAUUUUUUAUCACAUUACGACAUUUUACCUGAUCUUAAUCGACGAUGUCUGCUCGAUCGGAAAACAGCAGUUAAAUCAUUUUACACAGUAGCGCGAAUCAAUGUAUCAAACAUUUCAACCAUAAGCUCAGCCCGAGAUUUUAUAAACUCGGUACGAGAGUUUAGUGACGUUACGCGACCAGUCGCUCCGGAUUCUACAACGAAGUCCACCUUGGUUCACCGGAAACUGGACAUAUGUCGGCCAUCCAGCAGUAAUUGGGCUAGCCCAUUACAUAUGGUGCGCAAGGCCGACGGGUCAUGGAGACCGUGUGGAGACUACCGCGCGCUUAACGCGGUAACCGUCCCCGACAAAUACCCUCUGCCGUUCCUGCACGAUUUCAGUAAUACUUUUGCUGAAAAUUCAAUAUUUUCAAAAAUCGAUCUACAGAAGGCCUUUCACCAGAUCCCAAUCGAUCCCAAUGACAUUUGUAAAACUGCCAUCACAACUCUUUUUGGGUUGUACGAAUUCACGCACAUUACCUUUGGGUUGCGCAACGCGGCACAAACAUUCCAAAGAGUCAUCAACGAAGUUUUCCGCGGCAUAGGUAAUGUGUUCACCUACCUGGACGACAUAUGUGUCGCAUCACGCUCCCCAGAAGAACAUCGCGCACAUCUUCGUAUAGUUUUUCAACGAUUACUCCAACACAACUUAACAAUAAACGUAGCCAAAUCAGUGCUUGGUGUAUCAGAGCUGCAUUUGCAAAGGAUCUUAAACGAUUCCUAG